UAUAUGUACACUACAAGCAAAAUAGGUUUAGAACCAAACCUUUUAACUAGUUUCUAUCCAAGUUUCACCAUGUGGAGAGACCUUCCAUUUGAUCUCUUAGCCAACAUCUUCUACUUCCUUUCACCUGAUUCACUGGCCUGCGCCCGCUCAACAUGUCAGCAGUGGCACAACUGUGCCAAGACUCGGCCUUUGUCUCGCUCUCACCAGCACCCAGAUUGGUUUAUGGCCUUGCCAAAUCGGAGUCACACUCAGUUCUGCUAUGCCCAGAAUUCCAUAUCCAAGAACUGGUACUCACUUCCUCUUGACUUCUUACCAGGCGCAGGUGCAGUUAAGCCUCUCGCCUCCGUAAAAAGCCUUCUUCUUUUCAAAACCACAAGCCCCACGUAUCCUCAUUUAGUCGUUUGUAACCCCUUUACAAAGGAAUACAAACAACUUCCUAAGCUAAACAUGUCAAGAUCCAACCCAGCUGUGGGUGUCAUAGCUCUAGAUGACUCGAGCCGAAACGUCUCCUUCCCUUGCUUCCAGGUUUACGUGGCGGGUGGGAUGUCGGACUCGCCAACUGGGUGUUCCACGUACGAGUACACGUUGGAAAUGUACGAUUCUCGACAUGAUACGUGGCAGGUUGUUGGGUCGUUGCCGAUGGAGUUCGCUGUGAGACUCACAGUUUGGACCCCAAACGAUAAUGUGUACUGUAAUGGGGUGGUGUACUGGAUAACUUCGGCUCGUGCCUAUAGUUUAAUGGGGUUUGACAUUUUGUCGAACACAUGGAGGGAGUUGAGAGUCCCAUUGGCGAGCAAGCUGGAAUUCGCGUCUAUAGUGCUGCGAAACGAGAAGUUGACACUUGUGGGUGGCACGUACGGUGACAGUGCGUCCGUGUGGGAACUGGGUCAGGGCGAUAUCUGGGUAUUGGUUGGGAAGGUCCCGGUUGAGCUUAGAAAGAAGUUCUUAGGGGAAAAAGAAAGCUGGGUCAGUACAAAGUGUGUGAGUAGUAAUGGAGCAAUUUACUUGUACAGAGAUCUUGAAACAGGAAUGAUUGUUUGGAAGGAGAAAGAUUACCAAAAGGGUAACUGGGAAUGGUUUUGGAAUGAGGGUUGCUCUUCUAUCAGAGGCAGAAGAGUUCCAAAUUUGCAAAUCAAGGGAGUGAUCAUUCCACCAAAUCUUUGUCCCUCAUGCUUCUUUUAAAUACAAAAUAACAACUUUUGUACAAGAGUUCUCUGUUUUCUGUAAUAACUUUUAGAGACGAAGUAAAUGUAAUCAUUUAAUAAUAUAAAAAUAACUAUAAAAGCUUCGGUUGAACAAAAUGAACAAGUCUCUCGUAUUGCUUUA